AAAAGCAUGGAGAGAGUCAGACGGAGUAUAUGCAUUCACACGUUUUUUGUCAUGCUCAAGAAACAUCACAAAACACAGACCACAAGCGAUUCCAACCUUAAACGCAUAGCCUAAGGAAUGAAUCAAUCUGUCUUCGAUUCCAACCUUUUACAUAUAAUAACUGCCAUGCUAGCUAGCUGCCGGUUUUAGAGCACCGAUCAUCGUCUCAGCUGGCCGCCGCCGCCGGUUCUGUAAUAAUAUGGCUCCUUCAUGUGGACAUUUCUUUCCUCUCCUUCUUAUCUUACUCAUAUCCGGUGCUGUGAAUGGGUCCCACUACCGCCGUGACAACGUCAACAAUGGCCGUGCCGGUGCUCUGAUUAGCCGGUUGCAGAUGCACGGCGGCGGAGGUGAUUAUAACAUCACCGAUAAGCAUUAUUGGGUUUCUAGGACGAUAACAGGAAUACAUGGAUAUGUGAUCGCCGGAAUUUGGUUGCUAUGUGGGGUGGGUUUGGGAAGUUAUAUAAUGAUCAAGAAUUCCAGUGAUAGCUAUGCGAAUAUGGUUGACCAUCCAAACUCUUCUUACAUAUUGCUCUUUUGGUUACUAAUCUUCUUCACCGCUCUCUCCAUAGUUGCAAGCAGCUUUGUUGUGGCAGCAAACCAAGGCAGCAUGCAUAAAACCAAAAAGCUUAUUGAAACCAUGCUUGAUGCUGGUUCUGAUGCUCAACAGAUCAUGCAAAGGACGAAAAAUAUCUUGCUAACCUUCCAAACGGUUCUAAGCCCACUUGACUCGGAAUCUAUCCAUAUGUUGAACGUGACGACACAUUCACUGAGAAGAGAAUCGGUUUCGAUUAAACAAUUUAUAGAUACAAGCAGGCACUCAACAAAGACAGCCGUUGUAACUUUAUAUGUGGCGAAUCUUGUUGUUGUGGUUUCCAAUUUGGUAUUUUUGGUAGCUGCAUUAGUUCCUUCUGAGCAACAUGUGACAUAUCAAAUGUGGUUAGACUAAUGGAAUGCUGCUUUGGCUCAGUUUCUUUCUUCUUCCGGUGGCCCCUCGGACUCAUAAUCAUACUCUUUUGCUGCUGGAUAUUGACAGGUCUAAGUUGGUUUUUGACAGGCAUUAAUUUUUUCUUUCACAAAGAAAAAUAUGCAGGUUUGCAGAAGAUACAUGCAAUGCUUUGGAAGAUUUUCAACAGAAUCCUCAAAACAGCAGUUUGCAAUAUGUAGUUCCUUGUACUAAAUACCCAACUUCCAACACCUUGUUGGUUCAAAUUGGUUCCACUAUCCAUAAUUACAUGUCUCAGAUUAACUUGAAGCUCGCAGAGCUGCCAGCUUUGGCACGACCAUCAGAAACCAAUGAUGAUUUGGUAGUUCAGGAAGUUUGUAACCCGUUCUCCGGUGCACCUAAUUACACCUUCACACCUGAUAAAUGCCCAACUGAUUCUAUACCAGUUGGAAACUUACCAAAUGUAAGUGUAUAGUAAAUGGAACCAUGUUAUGAUCUAUAAGUAUCAAAUUGCUCGUUUGAGCUUAACAUGAUUUAUUACUAUUAAGACUUACCUUCCACCAAAUAAGACAACUUAAGGUGGACCUGGUCUUGGUUAUGAAAAUGGGUCAUAUUGGACUAGCGAGUUUUCGAGCCCGAAACCAAACUGUUUUAAUGGUUUAACAAUAACUGGGACCUGUUCACAAUCGAGUUGAGUUGUAGUUCUUCCAUAAUAAGUCCAGACUGACCAUAUUUCUUCUGUUUAUGUAUUAUAAAAUAGGGUAACAAUUAAAGUGAGUAUGAAUUGGAUCCGAAUGACAGUUAUACCCAACUGGGACUAGACUUGGUAAAUCCAGACACGGUUAUGGUUCCUUAAAUUCCAUGAUCUGGAACCGAAACCAGUUCGGGUCCACCAUUAGGUCAACCAUAUGGUAUCUUACAUUUUAUACAUCAUUACGCAAAAUGAUUAGAUAAUUGUUACAACUCGUAGUUCCAUUCUAAAACGUCACCGAGUACAUUUCAACAAUUCAUUGCAUUCAGUUAAUAUUUAUGUUUCCUUGAUCAUGAAGAUCCUCUCGCGGUACACGUGUUACAAAUCGUCAAGGAAAUGCCGAGGAGAAGGAAAAUUCUUGCCUGAGGCAAUAUAUGAUGAAUGCAGGGCUUACAGUGAAUCACUACAAGACCUGAUAGACAUAUAUCCUGAUUUGGUGAGCCUUAUAAAAUGCUCCCAAGUAAAACAAGCAUUCUCAGAUAUUGUUCAGUUCCAGUGCAAGCCGUUUAGGAAGGCAGCACGGCGACUAUGGUUAUCCACGCUGCUGUUCUCCAUCUGUUUGGUGAUUCUGACAUUAUUGUGGGCUGCAAAAGCUUACCAAGACAAGGGGAAACUGUUCUCUCCUUGCUCCAUCUUCCCCGAACGAGUUUAGGCUUGGUGAUUUAGUUCUGUUCAUAGCCUAUAUAAUAAAUUCAGAUCCAAUGUAUAGUACAUUAAUUCCUCAUUUUUUGUGUGUGGUUUGGAGUCAAAGUAAAUCUCCAGGCUGAUCUUGCUUCAUGGUCUCUAUGUAUAUGCAGAUCAUGGAGUCACAACAUAAAUUAGGCUUUACACGGCUGCAGAAUAAUCACGAAUGUGUGUUAAUGUAUAUUCUGAUUUGAAUAUGGCAUUGUUGAAGAAUUCAACUUGCUAUUUUGUGAAGUAAAUAAAAUUCUCUGCACUUUAUUGUUAAUUCUCAA